AUGGCGUUUGCUCGUGGUCUUGUGGUUUUGUUGACCUUUUUCACCAUCUCAGAGGCGUUUUUCUCAUCUGCAACACUGGAUGUAGAUAGUGAAAGUGCCGUUCAGACUCGCGAUCAUGAUCUCAUUACAAAACUUGGACUGUUUCGAUGUCUGGUAGAAUUCGUUAAAGAUAACCCACGGUAUGUCCACGAAAAAAUGGUCAAAGACUUCGAAGAUCUUCAAAGGAUUACCGUCACUGCGGAUGACCCAAAGACAGUCCAAAGACUCAUCAGUGUGAUGGUUUCCAAAAUGCGCCUUCAAAACGCUUUAACCGAGAUACAAAGCUCAAACGCGGAAGUAAACUCAGCCCCCCUAAAGAUGGUGGCUUCCGCUCACUUUAGCGGAGAGCAGUUCAAAGAUGGCGCAAAGCGUCUUUAUGAAUUGAAUUCUGAAAUAAUCACGACCCUAUUGAAGAGCGUGAAAUAUGAACACGCUCGUCAACUUGUUGGUCAAUAUUUACACACAUUACAAGACUUUUACAGCCACUCAAACUGGGUUGAACUUGGACAUUCAGUAAGGAAAUUCUCUUUUUCAUCAAAUCAAGCAGAUUUAUUUUCACCUCAAUUUCUCGCUAAACCAAACGAAGCAACUUGUGUUCCUUGCCAGUCAACCGCAGGUCAGGAGGAUGAUUGCGAUAACAACUUGAUAACAAACAAAAUAACGAGUGGAUACUACGGAGGUCAAGACAUUACAAAACCGACAAACGUCAGCAAAUGCAGCCACGGCGGCAUUCUAGAUAGUAGUCGCGGAAAAGGAACAAGAGGAGGAAUAAAUAAAGAGUCUGCGUCAAGGAAGUUGUCGCCUCACUACAAGUAAGUGAAAGGAGCGUUGCCUUUUCUCCCAAAAAGACUAAAUUAUUUGUGUUUUUCUUUUAGCGCGACACGAGUUUUUCGGCGUACGAGAAGCGCUCAAUUAUACACUGAAUGCGCAAAUUAUUUCCAUUCCGCAAACAUAACCCUCCUGAUCCAUUUCUUGGGAAUUUGUCUUAAAUGCAUUAUGACUUAUUUACCAACAGAAAGCCAAUGAACCAAAGUCGAAGGCAGAUAAGGACCAUAAAAUUCGCCUUUGCUUAGCAAUGAUCUCCUAAGUAUUGAAUGAAAAUUGAAUUCAAACAUAGAACAUUUGAAUAAUUUAAAAGGAACAUCUCGCGUCUAUGGAUAAUGAAAUAGAUUGUCGCAUUCCUUUUUUCUUUGUCUUUUCUUGCUCUCUUCCGUAAAGGGAAAAAAAGCAUAGCACAAGUAGACAAUUUUAGGAUAUUCGAAAAUAAGCGAAAGGUGUCAGCGAAAGCUCUUCUUGGUAUAUGUCAAUAUUGAUAUGGAGUUCAUUUUCGCAUUGUUAGAAUAUUUUUACCUAUUAAACUCAAUAAAACAGCAUAGUAUUUUUUUCACUUUUCAAAACGAAGAGUUACUUAAAAAAAUUUUCGUGAGAAAUCAAAGCCUAGUCCUGUCCGCAGAAGACAAUUUGUAAAGCGUCAGUCUUAAAUUUCUAACGGGUGGUCGCGGACAAUGAGCCUUUGUAAUGUAUUUUUCUAAAUUUACAUUUGAACCUAGAUCGCAGUUUACAAUCAAGAAAAGGUGAAAAUGAACCACAUCGAUAGAAUUUGCAUCAGUGAGACUACUCUGUCAAUUCGCCGAGGUUUUGUGGGAUACAUCAAAGAAACUGUUGUUAAAUCCUAGCGGUUUCUGUUGGAUUUCAGUCUAAUUACAAUUCUUAGCAUUAAUACCAGCUGAGAAAAUUAGCUUGUUUUGGUGAGAUUUGUAUAUUCUGCGGUUAUCAAGAGAAUGGACAAAAAAUCUUUGCACGGCGUCAAACUAAACGAAAAAAAAUGUAUCUUGUUGAAAAUCUCACAACAUCAAACAGCAAUUGACUGGAAAGACGUUUAGUGAAAAAAAUUAUUAUACUGCUUUGAAUCAAACUAAGUGUAUCGCCUUGUAAGAAACUCAACUCGCGGAAUAUUUUUAUGCUCAGUAUGACCCCGACAGACGACAGCUUGUUUUGUGCUUUUUAAUCGAUCUUCUUUUUUUCAUCGACAGAAGGCUAAUAACGUGUUCAAUAAAAGCCAAACAAGACGGUUGUAAACAACAAAUACUAUCAACGCUAGUUCCUGCUUAUCUUUCGUAUGGAAAUCUCGUAACAUUAAUAUUCUAGACAACCUUGCUGUUUGGUUCAGAUAAUCGCCGUUUCAUCAGAUAACAAGACAGCUUAAAAAACCAAUUAUGCUACAAUGAGCCGAUUCAACGGUGCACAAUGAAGUUCUCUCUAUUUUAAAUAUCACCCUGGAUUAAAAAACCAAUAUUUUAAUGAGAGCGAAUGGAUUCCACAUUACUAUUUGUAAGAUCGGCAAAAAUUUCUUUCAUGAGCUGAACUUUGUGUUCCAAAAUUCAUAUAUUUUCCUUCAGGUUCCAUGCACUGGCCGCUGAACACGCAAUAGAAGCCACUAAACAGUUUUUCGAAAAUCUUCGUGCUGUCGUGGGUGACAAGACUUUUGCUCGUUUUCUAAAUCUCCAAGCCGUAAGGACACUAGCGCUUGUUAUAGAUGAUACCGGCAGUAUGGGAGGUAGGACGAAUGAAUUAGUUCUUUGUAGUUCUACAGGUGUUAAAGUUAAAACUUAAAGGAGUCCAAACCUGAUGGAAGCUUACAUAGAGAGCGAACCGGGAGUUUUAACUAAAGGAAACCGAGAGCAAAUUGAGUGAGUGGCUGUCAGGUACUGAUGGGUUACCUGUGCUCAGCCUCUCGUCUUACUCUGUACAUGGUAUGCUUGUAGAUGGGACAUGAGUAAAUGGCUCAUGCUGAGCUCUGGUCCUACAGGUCUGAAACGGGCUAAACUCUCAUUUGUUUGCUGAGAUUAGUUGCUCAAUAAAACAGUCUUAAAAAUGAAUUAAUUACAAGUAUUACGCUCCAAAAACCCUUAUUCCAGGACGAUAGAUAAAUGACACUGGAAAAUAAAAAAAUGAACAAACAAAAGCAACAUCAGCAACAAAGUGAAAAACUUUGGUUUACCAUAAAGACACAAACUCAGGAGGGGAAAUCAAUUUUUGCGACAGCCAAGACAGAAGUUGGAAGUUACCUGACUUGACAUUAACAGCUAACGAUUCCUUCUAAUAUCAUUUUUUGCAGAAGAAAUCAAGUCUGUAAAAAAAUUAUCCAUAAAUUUUGUACAGAAAACAAAGAAUCCUACGGCCAACAUGGCUUUUAUGUACAUUCUUGUACCAUUCAACGAUCCACGUAAGUAAAAGCGCUGCAGUUAAACUCAAAUAUUCUCAUAGAAUGAUUCCUUCACUAGGAAUAUCAAUGGCUGAAAAACUAGAAUUAGCUAACUGAGAAACUGUGGCAUAAUUAAGAGUUACAAUCAUCAUACCCUGUAAGGCCUUAAAUACCAUUUUAGGGCACUUUUGAGAGGGCACUCUCAGCUAGAGACUUUGGUGGCCACAAAACCCCAUUGGUACGUUUUGGAAAUUGUUUGAAUCACUGAAUAGGUAGGGCUGCACAAUCUAAGGUGUUGGUUGCGUUGUAGCGUGUCUUGGUCGUUAUUUUCACAGGAGUGGGCCCAGUGACGGCCACAAGUGACGCAAAUGAAGUCAUCGAAGCCGUCAACUCCCUUGAAGCCAAUAAAGGAGGCGACUGUCCAGAACAAGGCAUGACUGGAUUGUAUAAAGCGCUUCUGCAAAGCGUUCAAGACUCGGUCAUCCAUUACUUCUCUGACGCAGACGUGAAAGACUUUGAACUAGCUCAAGUAGUUCUUAUAUUGGCAAAACAAAAGAGAGUGAAAAUUAACUUCAUAUUGAGUGGGCGUUGCAGAUUCAGUCGACGGCGUAGAUCAACAAGGGAGGAACCAAGACUAGGAUCACAGGAUCUGUUCCGAAGUUUGGCUGCAGCCACAGGAGGCCAGGUUUUGAAGACAAAAAAGAAUAAGGUUUCCGUUCUUGUGGACAUUAUUGGCUCAAAAAGUUACGCCAGUGACAACAGGGAUCUAACAGAGGUAACUAAAUAUCAAUGGCUUAUUCUCUAGUAUUAAUGUUCUUUUGUUGUUUUUGUCGUUGCUUACUUUUAUGUCUCCCCAAGGAUCUUGUUUCACAAGGCAACUGAAUUAUUUAAGAAAGUUACGUAAUUCACUGAUACAUACUUUUCAGGUUAUCCUUCUACACGUGAGCAGCGACUCUAAGCAAGACGAGGAAGACACGCCUUUUAUGAUCGACGUGGAUAACACCCUUAAAGAUGUAUUAAUAGUGCUUUCUGCGGAAGGCGAUCUUGGGAUUACCCUGUUAAAUCCAACUGGUAAAAAUUAGAGUUGCAUGUAAUGCAUAAAGAGUGCUCACAUGUUUAACGCAAUGCUUACUUACAUCACACUUUCAAAUUUAAUAAUCAUUUUGAUAAUGCUGUUUGAAAUUGUUUUUCUCUCUGUCGAAUGUCCGUGUCAUUAAACGAGAGAAUAUAAAUAUAUUCUUGGAAAUACUUUCCGUUGCGAUUCGUACAUCGCAUGAGGAUACAACCAUUAACAAACAGAGAAAAGAAAUAAAAAUGAAAUCCUUAAUGAAAAUAUAUUUAUCCGUACAAUAGUUCAACUUUUCAUUUGCUCUCUUUUCAGACGACCAGCCGUUAAAGGCAGCAAUACAUAGUCAGUUUGAUCAUAUUCAUGUGACUGAAGUCAAAAAAUUCCACGGCGGUCAACUAAUGAUUCGUGUGCGAUGCACUGGACCCUAUAGUCUGCAGGUUACUGGACGGAGUGUUUUGGACUUUACCAACCAGCUGUCGUCUGUUGAAAAUCUGGAGAGUGGGGAGAGGAAACAACUUUUCGGAAGCCCAGUUAAAGGUAAUUAGGUAAUCUUAUCUAAAACGAGAUAAGCUGUUACAAGACCAGUUUACUAUCAGUACUAUUAUAUAACAAACCUCUUUCCAUUGCCCUUCACAUUUGGCUUUCUUUCAUUCAAGAUCUUUCAUCAAAGUUUAAAUCCAGUUCAUUGUAACUUCAUUUCUAGGAGGGUCCCUUUUUGUAUCAAUGUCAACAAAAGUAUAACCAGAUAAACGGCUGUGAAUAUAUGAAAGUCAUAUAUUUGAACAUCGGAUAAAGACGUGGAUAUGAAAGUGAUCUUCGCAGUCAUAAACACUACUUAAGCAGUAGUGAAAAGAAGGCCUGAAAAAGAUUCAGGCCUGUACGGGAUUUGAACCACUCACGGGUUUAUUUGGAACCAACACAAUGACCAGCUCCCAGUUGGCUUGUUAGCUCAGUUGGUAGAGCACUGCACCGGUAUCGCAAAGGUCACGGGUUAAAAUCUCGUAAAGGCCUGAUUUUUUUUUCAGGCCUUCUUUUCACCACUGCUUAAGUAGUGUUCAUAACUGCGAAGAUCGCUUUCAUAUCCAUAUAACCAGAUGAUACCGUCGUUGAUAUUCAAAGGUCUAUUAAUCUACUAAUAUUUAUCUCAAGUCAAAACAAUAUACCUAGAGAAAUACUGAAACUCAAAUGGCAAGCACUGAUGACACUAAUUCUGAUUUCACAGGACAAACGUUGCUACUAACCUUGGCUUUUACCAAACCAGAACUCAUCAAAGAAGUUAAUUCACUAUCACUCAUAAACUCAAGUGGCGUAGAAAUGGAGUCGUUUACUGUAAAAAAAGGAAAAGAAAUCCACAGAGAUUCACUUCAUGUCCUUUUUGCCCCCUCGUUUGAACGAUUUCGCUUUCAGUUGAACGGCAAGACAACGGAAGGAUUUACACUAAGAAGAAUAAAACCAACCGAAAUCAAAACAGAAGAAGUUCAAUUGGACUUAAACGAUCGAACAUUAAACAGCUCCAGAAGAAUUAUUCCUAACGUUACCUCCAAAAUAAAAUUAAAAAUAACAAAUAUGGGAAACUCAGAAAAUUUUACCCUGAAGGCAAUGGACGACUUGGGAUUUAUUCAGUCAGUAGAGCCUCAUAACUGCUUUGUCGCUGCGAAAGAUACCGCUGAGUUUUCAUUAAUAGUGAAGGCGCCAGCUAAUGCUACCAAAGGAGAGACAAGUACCGUUACUGUAUAUGCAUCACCAACGUCAAGCGAGAGCCCAUCGAACUACAUGGUGUUUUACGUCAGUGUUAAAGAGAUCGUGAGUAUUGAAUAGUCGACAUUGUGGAACGCGAGUAAGAUAAGAAUUAUCAGCUUGUGCACAUUUUGAGCUUUUAUUACGCUGGGAGUCUAUACAUAAAGACCCUUGACCAUACAAUGCUUACUGAAAACUUCACUUAUAUUCUGUCUUUUGAACAUCAAUUUUGAUACCUUACCGAACCUUUCUUGCUCUGCUUUCUUCGUAGGAAAGCAUUUUCCCACCAAAAUGCGAAGUUACAAAUCAAAUAGAGAAAUGUGAUCCAGUAUACCACCUUUCCAAUUGUUCAACAAUCACAUGGAAGUCAUACAUUAACAUAUAUAGCCCGGGAAAACAGUUACUAGCAGUUACUUCUAAGGAUCUUGAGCUUGGACAACUAAAUGGUAAAUAUACGCAUAUCACGUUUUAUCACGUUUUGUGUUUCACCUGAUGGGAGCCUGUUCGUAAUUAGUAGAACUGAAGAGUUAAGUUAACUGUAAUUUUUAUUGGUUGAGUAACCCUCAAAAAUUUGUUGAUAUUGUCAGCCGUUGCUAAAUUGUAAAUUGUGAGGCAAUCGGGAAGAAGAGGGCGCGGAGGUGAUUAUCACGUAAAAUAAACUGAGUGGAGUUCACUUUGGUCUGAAAUCGUGGGCGUGAUUUCGAAUUAGAGGUAUAUUUUCGGUCCAAAAAGUGCUCGACACGAAGUUCAAUACAUGAGUUGCUAGUAAUCGGAUCCUGGUGUUUGCGCAAAGAUUUCUGAGAUCGCCACAGGGCAAACAUUGCAACUCACUAGAAAGAAAUGUGUGGCGAAAGGUUGCUUCAACGUUCAAAAAAACGAUUUUGAAGAGAGAUCAACGCUUUUUCGCCGCAAUUUUAUCAUAAAUGGAUUAAGAGAAUGUUGAUAUGAGAGAAGAGUAAGUUUUUGUCAGCAUUACCACGAAACAUGUUAUAAAAUAUACCGAUUCACUUCUCUCCUUGCGCAAGGUCUAUAAUAUUAUUUUGAAAUCUUUAGCCUGUAGUGGUCUCGACAUAUUACAAAACUAACUUCGAAUUGCAGGGAUAUAACACUUAAGUUUUUUCAGUUGUAUUUUUGUAUGUACAGCCUUUUUUUAUACUUUUUAACGUAUUAAAAAGGUGUAUUACGAAUUUCUGAUAUACCGCCUCAAAGGAGAGAACUCGUCGUCAGCGGAGAUGGAAAUUGUUUUUAUAUGACACAGCUGUUGCUCUUUGGAAGGAUGAAAUAGGCAAUGAAAAACAAAAGGAAAUUUCUAGGUCGAAGUUUUUGUGCUGCCACUUAUCUCCUCGAACUCCCUGAAGGAUCUUAUCAGAAAAAGUAAGAUCACGGGAACUCCGGCAAAAAAUAUGGACGUAUAUAUAUUUAGUUGUGCAUCGCUCCUCAAGCGAUCCAUUAAGGUACCUACUCAUCGAUGUAUAAGAAAGGAUUCAGUUUUGAGCCGAUUAUCAACGCUGUUUCGUUCUUCUUGUUCACCAAAAAGGGGCAAUGAAGGUGUUUAAUCACUAAUAUACUACGACAAUAUCUACCUGCUGCCUCGAGGCAAUUGUUGUAGGUUUUUUUUUUUACCAAGCCAAGAAAAAAGCUAGAUAUAGACUUAACACAAGUCAUCAAAACUGAAAAGGCUCUAUUGAUUUAUUUCUUGGCGAUUUAAAACUAAUAUUUCUAAAGUUCGAGGUCAUUAUGCGAUGUCCAUUUCACCAAACCCUUGCGCAUGGGAAAAAGUUAAUUGUUAGAUUUCACUACAUAUUUCACGGUUGUUCAAACAAAACCUUACGUUUCCCUCGUAUCAAUAUUACCCACACCCAUCUGUGACAAAACAGCGGAAAAAUAGCGUUGAUACAUCACCAAAUCACUUUUUUGACGUCGAAACAACCUUUCGUCGAAUAUUUCUUUCUAGUGAGUUGCAAUGUUUGCCUCUUAGCGAUCCCAGAAAUCUUCGCGCAAACACAAGGAUCCGAUUACUGGCAACUCAUCCAUUGACACAUUAUGACAUCUAUUUUGAAAUCGCAAAAUUCCGUCGCCUCCCACAAGUUUUUUUUUAGUCUGUACAAAUGUUUAUUGAUACAGUAUAUUGAGCCGGUUUGCAAGCAGUUGCAAAAGUGGUAUCUCAUUUUCCUGCAAUUGGAUUUCUUUACACAAGCUUUUAAAUUUGAUUAGUUGUUAUAUUUUGGUAAAGCUGUCUUAUUGGCUGGAAAAAAGAUGCGAUUCAGAGCAUGGUACGAUUUGAGAACAAAUCGCACGGGUGAGAGCCAAUCAGAUUGCAAGGAUCACAGUGAUUUCAAAAUAGAUGUGACAAAUCGCUUUAUUAAGAAUGGCUGCCUCUCAGGAUCGAGAAUCGUCCGUCAACGACCAUUUUGGUGAAUUGCUCAUAUUUUGCUCAAAGAUACCCUUUUAUAAACUAUUUUCAAAAAUCAUGUUUUUAAGUUUCAGCGAUUCUUAAAUUUUCAUAAAUUUGCCAAAAUCUGAAAACGCGGUUUUCAGGCUUCCGGAGCUCAGGCUCCGCAUGACGCACAGUCAAAAAUUAACUGCAAAAACCAAGCCCCGUUUAAGGAUUAAAAUGUAAUCAAUCAACACCAAACUUCACACGAUAUUAGGACAGCUAUUCUUAUUCAAUUCUAGUGAAUAAACUUUUUUGGGGCACAUCGAUUUUGGGAUUAUUUAAGCCCUUGAAAGAACAUCCUCACAGACAGCGUAAAAUGGCGGCGAAAAACGGGUGAUAUUUCACGCGAAAAAAAUGUACCUGGUACCACAUAUUUUGGAUUUUCCACAACAUAUUCGUGAAAUAUUGCUAUUUUACAUUCACUGUGAAAAGUGUGAUGUCCGGAAUCGCAUUACUUCCCUUCGAAAAUGGCAGAAGUGUUUGUGACUUUGAGCGAGAAAAAUGAUGCAAAGUGUGUAAACAAACCACAAGGUAAUUUAAUCACACUGAGUUGUUAAAUCUCCAAAUUAAAUCCGGUCUCCGCUGUGUCGGCUUGUAGCUUGGAAAAUGUAAAGACAAGUAAACUAUUCCGUAGGAUAUUUGAAAAGGUUCUACAAAAUAUUUUUGGGCUAAAAAUCUGCAAGUGAAGUACAUAUUACAUUAGCACCAUCUCAUAUUCAAGUAAUGCAAAAGAUACAUUCGAGAGAAGCUACUUAGUAGAUUAGUAUUUGAUUCCAUGCUGAUAAAUAAGAUUUUUUUUUUAUCUUUUACUUUGGAACUCAUUUUCUGCAGGUAUAAAUACAUCGAAAGACGACUUUUGACCUUCAAAAUAAUUAAAUGCAAGACGACAGUUCUUCUUAUCCUUGUAAUUAUCAAUGUCACGCAACGUAACGCCAUUGAAAACGUAUCAGGGGUGCUGAAACAUACCCGCGUAGAAACCGCAAAUGAAAUAAUGAUAAAUUAAAUUAGAGAGAGAAAUCCCGCACUUCAAAAUGAGCGGAAAGAAAUGUAGGUUGAAUACUCUCACGUCCGUCAGUUUGCAUGUGUCGGCUACCAGAUGAGUAAACUUCAUUACCGAUAUGAAGACCAUAAAAGGAAAGUGAGGGUCAACAUUGGCAUAAUUAAAAGAAAAAAAGAACAAAACGGAAGAACUUCUAAUUACUUUACGUGCUUUUAUAAAAAUGAGAUAACUAGUAACUGACGAAUAGGAACGAGUCACCGUUCAUUCGUUUCUUCCUCACUUUUAUCUUCUGCUGAACUAAAGAGAAAGUCAGCAUCACGAUGACUUUUGGCAAGUACAUUUACUGACAAUCUCUUUCAGUAGAGCUAAGUAAGGGGCCUUUUUACGCAUGGGCUUUGAUGGAAUAUCGAAGCCAAGGUCUUCACACAUGUACUGCAACAUGGGUAGCUUCAAGAUCUUCAAAGAGUCAUUUAGCGCCAUUUCACAAAGAUCGUACUGAUCGUAGAUCAAGGGAUGGUCAAGUUGUAUUGACGCGACAGUCUCCUUUGCCUCGCUAAAAUUACUCUCCUCUUGAGCUGUUCGGAUAUCAGCCUCGUCAGGAUCUCUCUGGCGUACUAAGGCACUCUGUCUUGAGAAGAAAGAGGUGAUCUGGGUGGUUGUGAGGAAUUCCGAUGACUGGAUUAGUCGUGCACCAUCGGUGCCCCGGGCACGCCGCAUUUCUCGAGCAAUUACCUCUGUGUCAGGCUUGUGGUCUGUCGUCUGCCCUAUUCGAAAUUUAGAUAAAAGGUACGACUUUUGCUUGUCACUGAAUCUGUAAGCCUUCCUCACUACUCUAAGAGCCUAGCCUUCUUUCAGAGAAACACGAGAAUCUUCCUGUCGCACAGGGGCUUGAAGCGAUCGCAGCUUUCCCGCACCUUCCUCCAAAUAUGAUUUGUAGGCAAUUUUUGCCAAGUCCAUUAGAGAAUAUUUUUCUGGUACCCUGCUACAUUUUUCGAGUGACAAGUGCUUUUCUAAGGCUGACAGCCUUUGAAAAACACGAGUGCAGUCGUCUUGAGGACAUGAAUACACCCCUGCUGCCUGGCCACGUUAUAUGGAAGCUAUCUCUUCAGCCACAUUUUCUUUCCCUGACGAUUUGUGGGGGGUACUUUUAAAGACCGGCGUCUGUUCAUUUGCAACUUGCCCGCAGAUGAACUCGUCGCAUCGGGUACAAAUUGCUUUAAAAAAAAAGAAAUUAAAUAACUCAUAUCAAUUACUAUUCCUAAGUAUAAAGUAAUCAAUCAGUCAUCAAUCAAUGGAUAAUCAGCUACUCAGACGAGAAAAAAACGUUGGUAAUAUAAAUUGCAAAGUUUCCUCACUGAUAUAAAAUUUGCUAGCUUGAGAAAGUUGAAACUUAUAGUGUUUUUUUUUGUGUAAGGUAUUACAAAUAAACGUGAGAAAAAACAAUUUUAUGAGAACAUUUAUCAACAGAAGCAAUUCAACCUACGCGACCCAACUGGAACUAAGGUGUAGGAGUUGCAAAAAAUAUACAUCGAUUUUCGGCUAUCCACACGGUUGCUUCCUUUGGCACUCGAGGACUUAUGUGUUGCUAGAUCCUUGGGAAUUGCACAAAGGGCUUUCCUAGUCCUCCAACGUAUGCUAAAGUCUGCCCUAUGGCGUGGGCAAAUAGUCAGGGCAAGAUGUUUUUGCUCAAAUGAGAAAACACUUGUAAAAAAUAUAAAACCACUUAAAUCUGUUGCAGGACUCAUUCAUAAGCACAGUAAAGUUACCUGGAAACACACAAAAUCAAUAUUUACCGGCUCUGGCUAAUAGCAGCUUCAUUUCAGUUCUAGAACCUUCAUCUGCACUCAAUCCAAGAGUCGAUAGAUGUCCAGUUACAUCUUUCGUGCAAUCCUCGAGUGUAAUGCAUUCCACCUGACCAGGAUAAUCAGGAGAUCGCCGGCAAGGGGUCACCUUACAAACUAGCGUUAUAUAGCUACAGAGAGCCAUGAAAUGACAAGAAAUAAUAACUUCUGAUGAGAGCACGUAUGAAAGCUCAAGACUCAUCCAUGAAAUAACUUUCCUUAGAUCUGUUACGAAAUUUAGACCAUUUACGCAAGAGCUUCAUGGGCAGUGAUGACGCGCAGGCCUCACCAAGAGUGAAAAUUGUGAUUGAAUGAUGCGAAAUGUUGGAAGCUCAGUGAAAGUAAAUCAGAGAUUGAAGUAUAAAAGUGUUACCGUGUAGUUAUCAGACCUUGAGUGAAGUUUUUGUUUUUAGUCUUUGGUAUAUUUCAUGAUGACAGCCCAUUUAGGGUCUCAUGUGGUGCGGCCAGUGUUUGUUGGGACCGGAUGUCGGUUAAUUAGGAACAAUUCGCGUUAAUACACUGGACUACUCGUAAAGAGUGCUGUUCUCCUUCCUUAUUCGCUGGAAUUCUUGAUUUAUAUAUAUACAUAUAUAUCUAAAACAAACUAUAACAAAGCCCUUGCAGCUGAAAUGUUUAAAAGUCAUUCAACAGACUGAUCAAGAGAUAGUCACACACAAUUUUCUUAAUCGUAAUACAUAUAAUGGUAAUUGAUAAAAUGACUGUAAGAACAUUUUCGACGGUGAUUUCAUUUUCUCUCAGCUCUCACACAACUCCGAAUGUACGACUUCCCUAUUACUCAAUAUUUUGUAGAAUACAAGCCAACAGGCAGCCAUUCUUAAAUAUCUAAUGCCGAGGUGAAGAAUCUCUAUGUUUCGCGAAAACGGACUCUGAGGGAAACUGCAUUACGAUUAUUCCAGCAGUCAGCAAUAUAUGCUCGAUCCGUCUUAAUCCAUUGUGUUAAUAAUGUUAUUCAAACUAAGAAAUAUGAUCUUAAGAGUUUAAUUUGUAUUUAUCUCUUCAUGCUAAUGCUUUGUGAGACGUUAUCUAAGGUUUAAUAUCAUGGUCCACGUCUCAUAAUCACGACUCACACAAACAUGGAGUCGGCGAAAUUUGGGUUUCCUGGCUGUACGAUUGAUCCCGUGAAUAACUGAAAAAUGUCAGAGCAUCUUUGCUCGUUUGUUCCAUUUUAGAAUCACAGUCACUGUCAAUUUAUCAUUUAAUAAAUAUUGUGGAAAAAAUGCUAUCUUAUCGUAAUCAAAUCUGUCUUUUUUUAACCAACAGUUAGUCCCUAUGAGACAGGAAUGUUUAACUCAUCAGUAUCAGGUGUCUACACAUCGACAUGUUGCCAUCCUACAGCAAGUAUAAUCGUCGUAGACCAGAACGGUAACACAGCUGUCUGUGAAUUAAGUGCAAUGAAACCAAUCAUAAACAUCAAACCCAAUAUAAAAUUCAGCGAACAGAACGUCCUCGUUGGAAAAAAGUCUAAACUUGAAUUUAACAUUACAAACCUCGGAACGAAAAGCUCGUUCUCUUUACAAGUAUCGGAUAGUGAGUAUUGCAUUGGUUUCGUCACUCCGAUAAACAUUAACAUGGAUCAUAAAGAAGUUGUGCGAUGUGAAGUUGUCCUGAUAGGAAGCAAAAAGACUGGGUCUAAUAAGACAAGCCUUUUAGUCGACGCUGUACCUCUUGCGGCUGAUAUCGACGCUACAGAAAUACGUUUACUGGAAGUGGACGUGAUUGUUGAAGCAGAAGCAACUGGGCCAUCACUUGGAUGGAAUGUUACAGCCGAUUUGGAUCAUAUUCCUUACCUUAUAAUUCACUAUGGAGAUGAAGAAGAGCUCUUGUUCCAAGUUAAAAAUCAUGGCCAAACAGGAACAUUCAAUUUUAUUGUGAGUUGCUAGAUCAACGAAAUCCCGAGUACCGAAUUUAUUAACUUAGAUGCAUACUCCUAACACAAGGAAAUUCAUACAGUUCGAUCUGUUGACUAAUACCACGUAUUAAUAAGUACCAGUAAGUGAUAAGUUUUGCCCAGUAGCUCUCUUCUAUCCGUCUGCCUGCGACCUCUUUGUCUCUACAUAUCACUCGACUAUGCCCGUUAUUUAGUUUAAGCCUAUUUCACUGAGACUAUUGAAAGCAAAAGGGUUCUAUUUUUUAAUGACCACUCCACAAAUGUUUAUUUGCAAAUAAGCGGUAAAGAUAACUUAUUUUGUCUUUCUAUUCGCUUAAUAUAAAGGUAUGUACAAGCUGCACAGCUCAGUCAACUCAGCCUAUAGCACCAAGAUAUUUGGGAAACAUGCACUUUCUUAUGAUGGCUCUUCAUGUCGCUGAUCAAAUUACACGUAACUUUGAAUUAUUGUCUUCGACACGUUUUUUAGUGUAUUGGUAUAUUGUGUUUUAGGCUUCCCGCUCCAAUAACGUCUAUUUGCGGUUUGUACCAAAUCCAGUCAACUUAGACAACAGUGAGACAACUGUAUUAAAACUCGUCAUGAACACUAAACAAAAUCGCCCCUCAGAAGAGGAGAUAGUGGUCAGUGCACUACCAAAUUGGAGUAGCAAGAUGAUAAAACUUUUCAGCAAAAAAGUUCAAGUCAUUCCUGCACUCAAGAGCGUGGUGUCGAGUGGUAAGGUGUUGAUGAGUACAGGAGCCAUAGUCAGUGAAACCUUUACAGUCAUUAACGUUGGUCGACGACAACACUUCACUUUUAAGGUUAGUAAGCGACUAAACAUCUCCAUCACUGUUUUAAGUUUACCAGAUAUUUACUACUCAAGCCCCGUUCAAACGGUCAUAAUAGUUUGAAACUCCAUGAUAGUUUCAACUAUCAUUUAUCAUCAUUGACUGUGAUGUUUUCAAACGGUUCAUGAUAGUUGACAAAAUCACGCAACGAGAUCGCGUAAUUGUAAACAAAUAUGGCGCGGGCUGAGGUCAGCAAUUUCGGUUGCAUUUGAAAUUUUAGCGGAGUAGUCGCCAGUUGAAGAUACUGAAGAUGAUGAGAGUGAACUACAUGACAUUCUGCGAAAUUUUGACGGCUAUUUUAGUCAUUUUAUCUCUUGCCAUUUCGGUUCGAGCCCAUUUUUUGCAAAACUGCUGACCGAUGAACUAUCGUUCACUAUCAUCCGCUUGUUCAAACAGCAAAAACCAUCAUCAACUAUCAUUUCAAAUUGAACAUGUCUAACUACAUGAUACUUGAUGAUAGUGCAUUUAGCUCGUGUUCAAACUCGCGUGGUUGUUGAAACUAUUAUCGUGACCGUUUAAACAGGGCUUUUAUAUAAGUUAAUAGUUCAUUAUCAUUCAUCUCACGUUCUGUAUAUUUUCCUUUUAAACUUGUUAGAAAGUCAUAUUAAUCUUUAACUCAAAGCUUUAAUAAGUAGGCGUAGCUGACAUUAACAUUAUUGUAAAGCGCAAUUGAAAGGGAAACGUAGCAAGGAACAUACGAGACCUCAAAGCAGAAACAAGAAAACUUCCUUAUGCGCAGGAAAACAUGAUUAAGGUGUGAAUCUGAUUGGCUGAGAAAGUGGCGCGAACUUCUACGCUAAUUAUAGAGCGGAGAAAAGCAAUUCCGGAAUACUUUCGACACUAUAUCAAAAAUUGGCUUAAAACAUCAGGGUCCUUUGAAAAUCACUCGUGACGUUUUCGAAGUUCCAAAAUUGUACUCGCCCACGGCCCCUGAAAUUUUGAGUUUCGAAAAUAUCAUUAGUGCCCAUAACUCCCAAAUUGCACGAGCACGUUUACACGUUUGUUUUGAACCAAGCCUGAUGGGAAUUGGGCAACGUUUGAGUUCUUUCAAUUACCAGUCUUACAGGUCCAUUGAUAGGUAAACAGUCUCCCUUUCUCAAUUUGUUUUUCCUUGCAGUUUCAUUAGUAGAGUGGAUACAAUUUAUGUAUUGACUGAUCAUUUGGUUGAUUAUGUGUUUGAUAUUCAUUCGCAUUAGGUGUCAUGUCCAGGUACUCUUACAUGCCAUGUAACUCCAGAUGAGGUCGUUCUAAAACAAAACGAAAGCAUAGUGGCAAAUCUGACGGUGGAGUCCUCAACAACCACGGAGCUAGACACCAUGGAGGUCAAAGUAAUGGCGCUAUCAUCAUCAUCGAAAAACAGCACAGCUGGAUAUCUUAUAUUCACUCUUGAAACAACCGUAAAAGACCAUAUUAUAGCGAAGGAAACAAAAGAAAAAGAUAAAAUGGGAUUCAUCACAAUUCUUGUAAUUAUAUUAAGCUGCGUUUUAAUAUUUGCUCUGUGUCUACUCGCGAUGUGUUGCUACAGGAGAAAACGAGGUUCGUGGAACGUAUGGAAAACAAAAUCAAACCAACAAAAACAAAGAGUGAAAGUGGAAUUGUCAACAACAGAUGACAAUGCCGAAAAAACUGAGAUGGUAUGAGGGGAUGUAUUAUCACGCACCUGCAGCUGUUACGUGACUUAAUCAAUCUUCACUUCUAUUAAAAUUCACAAGUUCAUCCCAUUGACCAUUAAGUAAAAAUAUAUAAGAACUGACAUAAAACCAAUAAAGAGACAUCACCUUGUAAUUGAACUUUAACUUAGGUAUUACUAUUGCCCUAAUUGGUCAAAAUCCUGUCGUGUCGAAACGUUGGAGGAGUGUCAAGACGUUAGGUCUAUGAAUUGUAACUUCUCGGUUACAUUCAUUAAAUCUUUGAACCAGAGUGGCAUCAAACCAUGUCUGAUUGUCCACCUGAUUGCCUUUAGAACUUUAAUAUAACCCUUCGUUUGUUGCACCGGUAAACCAAGAGAAAAGGGAAACAUGUAAGUUAAAUUUAUAAAGUAAUAGACCGCACUUUCCAUGGGUUUAGAAGCGUAAUAACCACUUGGGAUGUUGGAAGAACACAAACUUUUUUCCUGUUUCUCUCAAUAUUCAGGGUGGGUUUAUAACGCCAAUAAACCAAUAGAGAGUGCAGUUUAUUGCUUAAAACAAAGGCAGGAUGUUCGAAACGCAAUCGGUACUUUCAAAUAAAGGUCAACUCCGUACGCAGUACUAUUUCAAUGUCCAGG